UGUUCCCCCCCAAAAAAGAGAGUGUCAGAUGAAGGCCAGCUUUGAGCUCGUGCGCACUGAAACAACUUGGGACGCAGGCAGGUGGUUGCGGGACGGUGUGACGACGAAGCGCCUGGCGGACUUUCAUUCCCAGGACGUACCUCGUAACUCGGACAAAGGAAUUCAUUGAGUCGGCAGCUCCGUUUUUUGGGGGGCAGCCAUUCCUCCCUGUGAGCACACGUUAUGGAAGGACGGACCCUGAACUAAAAGGAGACCCAAACCACGCAGCCGCCCCCCCCGAAAACAACCCCGAACCUCCAUCGCCUCUUUCGGAAUGAAUCUUCUCGUUUGAAUUGGGUGAAAUGCCUUGACCAUUCCCCCGCCGUACCAUGGCAGGUUUAGUCUCCCCUGCGGGUUUGGUGGAGAUGCUCAAGACUCUCAUGCGUGCCCGUGGCCGGCGUGCACUGUUUCUCGGGAUGUUUACAGUGUUGGUGUCGGUGAUCGCUGCCGACUCACAUGUUGCAGAUGAUCUUCUGUUGGCCACUACAAAGCCGCCCAUGGGUGUUUCAGAACAUGGUCGAAGUUCAACGGCGUUCAAACCAUCAGCCUUACCGGCCUCAUAUUAUUCUGCCUUUGCGAGCCCGGACUCACCUGUUGCCCUGCCAUCCAUUUCUGAACCAAACCUUGUAGGCAGGGAUGUCGACAUCACACUUUUUGCUUUUGAAAACUCCUUCCCAAGAAGUGAAGUCCCUGAAGAAGAACCACAUCCUCUUGCCACUCCUUCAUUAGGCCCCUCUGAACCUAUAUCAGAGUCUAGUCCACAAUUUGAGGCAGCUACAUUUUUCACUGAAUGGAAGUUGGCCAAGGCAAAGUUGUCCACGCAAUCUUUCCACCUCUCUCCAACUCCUCUGAGAUCCAAGCUGAAGCCUCAGGCAAUUGUAUCCAUGGCGCCCUUAAGCCCCACUACUUUUACAACGCCAACGUCACCUCAGUUCAACCCUAAAUCUGAUCAAAAACCCAUCAGCCUGCAGCAGGGGGGUGCAUCCGAGCAAACGACCAUCGUGACCUCAUUUCCUGCUCAGCCUCUCGAGCAGCCUGAACUGCCUUUCGCUGACUUUGCGGCAGAUGACCCUCAUAGUAGAAUCCUAGAGGCCCACAGCGGCGCCCCCGUCAAGGACAACCAACCAACACGGGACACGAACAUGCUACCAAACCCGGAUAUAAUUCUGGCCCCCGGCUACAAUGUGCCUUUCAUCGACCCCCACCCCACAUUGCUUUCAUCUGAACCCACUGAGGUCCCUCCAGAGGACUUCUACCCCACCAACUCCAUGGAAGUGGACUGGGGAUCUGGAGACUAUUUGGAGACAAUGUCCUUCCUGAAUGCCGAUGGGGAGGACUACCCCCUGGCCACGAGGGUGCCCUCCGACUCGUACGAUCCGGAGGACUAUACGGAAAGCUAUGACACAUCCUUCCCUCCCAGAGUCGGCAUUUUCCCUUCGUCUCUGCAACCUCUCGAUGCCUCGCGUACCGCCACCCUCACCACGGCCUACAACGCCAUCUUUCCGCUGAAAUCCAUUGAUCCCUCGUCAUUGACCUCUGCGAUUCACUAUACCCUGGACCCUACUCCCAGAGCUAACAGCGAGGUACCCGACGCGUCCGACAUAAAUUUCCCACAUUCUUUCACAAUUCAACCGACGGAUGUCCUCUUACCUGAUAUGAACAGCAUGGAGUAUUACGUCACUCAAUUGACUAUGGAGAAGGACGGUUCCGACCCCGAAGCUGAGCGCAGCAGGAACGUUACCAUGGUAUCAGUCGGUGCUGCAGACAUCGCACCCUCAGGCAGCAUCACGGAAGACACCAACUUAGCGGAGGACGGGUUCUCCAGUGAUCUAUCGGGGUUCGAGCCUAGAGACGAGUCAUCGACAACAGAGGAGAGUCCUCAGCUGAUCAACGCCACGCAUUCUUUUCUGGAUACAUCCAUAGUCUCAUCCAACUUAUUUGAUCCAUCUGCUUCAGUUUGGGGGGGUCAAGUGCCCACCACGGAGUGGUCUGUUGGCCUGCUACCCAGUGCCACGCCUUCGCUGCCAGAGGAUGUCCUGCUGUCCACCUCUCUGACAGAUGUCCAUUGGUUUGUUACAGAGUCCUUCCCAUCAAGCACCACUCCUGUCUUAACUGCAACCGUAGGCCCCCCCGACACUCCCACCGAACUUCCUGCCAACACCACAGCUGGUACGGCAGAAUUAACUCCCCAAGAGCCCACCGAACAAACUUUCAAUAUCACUUCAGUGUCAACUGAGCCCAUAUCUAACUCUACUUUGGACCCCCCGGUCGUGUUGGGCGAUCAGGGGGUGACAGAAGAUCAGGUUGACAUCCCAGCCACAAUGACCUCGAUCCCGACUGGCAGCGAAGCUAAGACCCACUCCGCUGUACCCGAAACCACAGCUGCCACCACUACUUCUCAUCAAGCCACAACUAGAGCUACUGGCACCGCCGAAGCCUCAACUAGUGUCAACGUCACCACCGCCACCAGCGAAAGGAACAUGACGACAACAACGGCAACGACAGCAGCGCCACGACCAUACCUCUGCCACCCGGAGAGGCCUGCUUAUUUAAUAAAGAUUGGUUUUCCUUCUGGGGCCACUGUUGGAUACGCCAAAUCUCAAGUGAGGGACAUUCUCAAAGGUGAAUUCAACAAGUCUAUGGAGCUCCAGGUUGUGGAUUCCCCUCCAAAGUUUGUGUUCCGGGUAGUGUCCGGUCCAGUUGUGUACACGGCUAUUUCUGUCGUCAAUGCGCUGCGGAAGUCCGGGCGCGGAUUCCUGUCUCUCUCUCCCAACUGGACAACGCCAGACCGUAAAUAUCAAGUCCACGCAGUGCUGCAGUUUGUUCCCGGUCACGUAGACGUGCGCUUCUGCAACUUCAGUGAGAGUGUUGAGACAGGUUUGACCAUGGCCUUUGCGGAAGUGCGUCGGCGCUCAAAAGAAACAACCAACUUCACCGUGCAGGUUCUAAACAUCACCAUGGCCGCUCCUAAGUAUCAGGAACGAAGAUUGGUGAGGCAACCAGUGGACUUGAUCUUCACAGUGCACAGUUCAAGGGGUUAUCUGAUGGGGUCAGAGGUCAGCAAUGCCCUGAUGAAGCUCACCAUGGUGGAAUUCAGCUAUUACAUGGGCUUCCCUGUACUGCAGAUUGCAGAGCCUUUCCAUUAUCCAGAGUUGAACACCAGCCAGCUGCUCCGCUCCUCCUGGGUCAGAACAGUGCUCCUGGGUGUGCUUGACCAGACAGUGGGUGAGAGGACCUUCCAAGCUAACAUGGAGCGCCGGGUGGCCAUGUUGCUGGGCGAGGCAACGGGAUUAAUCAGACGCGUCAGGAGAGCCACGCUAAUAGGCAACAACAGCAUUCAGGUUGUAAGUGCGAGCCGGCUGGUGGGUGAGGACCGUCCCCUGGAGAUGGUGUAUUUUGUGGAGGCUCCUGGUGGUCAGAGGCUGCCUGCAGCUCAAACAGCCAACCUGCUCAACAGCCUCGACGUUCAAAGGGCUGCCAUCGUUUUAGGAUAUCGUGUCCAGGGCAUUUUGGCACAGCCUGUGGAGAAGGUGGUGCCCUCGCCCUCCGACGCCGAGAGCACCAACGCCUGGAUCGUCGUCGGAGUCGUGAUUCCCGUCCUCGUCGUCGUCGUCAUCCAUUCCAUCCUGUACUGGAAACUGUGCCGCACGGACAAGCUGGAGUUCCAGCCCGACGCCAUGACCUCCAUCCAGCAGAGGCAGAAGUUGCAGGCUCCCAGUGUGAAAGGAUUUGACUUCGCCAAGCUCCACCUUGGCCAGCACAGUAAGGAUGACGUCAUGGUGAUCCAGGAGCCUGUCCCGUCAGGGCCCGGCCCCCUGUCCCUCAAAGAUGGCCUCAGCCCGUCUGAGAACGGGGAGAUCACCACACCCGUGUCCAAAACCUCCACCAAGGCGUCCCGCAGCGGCCGGAGACGAGAAAGGAUCUCGCCAUCCGACGGGGACUCUGUGGUAAGUGACCGUUCCAGCGAGCGGGAAUCGGCUGAGGAGAACCCGAGGGGCCAGGCCACGCCCAGCGACAGCAAGCACAACCGCAAGGUCCCCAUCAAUGUUUUAAACGGUCCUCCUCCUCUGAAUGGCAAAAAUGAGCCGCUGUCCUCGGCCUUCAUCUUUGAGCAUGUUGAUCGGAUGGCCCGUGCAACGGAUGCCAGCAGGAGGCUCCCUAACAAAAUCCAGCUGAUUGCCAUGCAGCCCAUGCCUGUCCCACCACUGCACAGCCCGCCCAUCAGCGGCAAACUGUCCGACACCAACCAAAUCAACAAAGAGAUCCAGGUCGCAUUGAGGCACAAGUCAGAGAUAGAGCACCAUCGUAACAAGAUCCGUCUGCGGGCCAAGAGGAAGGGCCACUACGACUUCCCUGCUAUGGAGGACACGACGAGUGGCCUCGGAGACGCAAAGGACCAGGAUCGCAUCUAUCAGAAGGCCCAGAUACAGAUCGAUAAGAUCCUGGACCCCGAUUCCCAGAUGCCCCCCUUCUUCAUGGAAUCCAAGAAAAGCAGUCGUGGGAGGCGUUCUCCCAAACAGAGAAUGAAGGAGCAGCUGAAUGGAGGCCUAAUGGAGGCGGACAAAGACCACCUCAUCACUGACGACAGCGAUGCUGUUUACAGGAAGUGUCCUGGAGUCAACAACGUGGCCUACAUAUCGGACCCCGACCAAGGCCCAGGGUCCCCUCACAGAAGCCCCUCCCCCACCGACGACGUCUUCCUGGGUCCCGCUUCCUCUCCUCCGGGGCACGCCCCUCCCCCGCCCCCCUACAUGACUCCGCAGCCUUCCAUUGAGGAGGCGCGGCAGCAAAUGCACUCGCUGCUGGACGACGCCUUCGCCCUGGUGUCGCCGACCUCCCAGGGCAGCACGGCCGGGAUCACCCUCCCUGGGGUCAACACCAACCCGCCCCUGUGCAGCCCUCCAGGCCGCGGCCCCAGAGCCUGGGGUCCCUCUUACCAAGCUCCGGGUGCUUUCCCCGGGAGGUUCACUAACUUGUCCCCAUCUCCUGUCCAAGGCCUGACACCAAGGCAGAGCCGUGGCUCGUGCUACCUGCCGGCAGGAGAAACUGCAGGUCAGUGCGAGCAGCCGCAGCCAGAUAGCCUGUACUCCAGCAGGGGCCUCUACGCCGAUGAGCUGCCUUCGUCUGCCAGGCCGCGACCAGUGGGCGGAACCACAGGCGCCCAGCUCCACCAUCUUACACAGGUGGGGUUGUCCAGCCGUUUGAAUGGUUACCCAGCGGGGGUGAGGGCGACCCCUGGGCAGAACGGAGGCCUCGGCUGGAACCACUACCACGGGGACAACUUCUCCAGGACGGAGCCGGAGAAAGAUGCAUUCCUGGAGUGUCCUGACUACACCUCCUCCUCUGUCUUCCAGGCGCCCAGAGGUGGUAUCAGGGAGCCUUCCGCGCCCCCCGUCCACCUCGACUCCCCGGUGGUGGGAUAUCUGUCUGCCCCACCUCCCCUGGAUACAUCUCCUCCCAACCACUCCUCCGCCUCCCUGAUAAAGGCCAUCAGGGAGGAGCUGCUGCGACUCUCCCAGAAACAGGCCGCUGUGCCCAGCUACCACAGCUGAAGCCCCGCGGCGUCCGAGGCUCUGACCAGUCACGCCACUGACCCCCACCAUCCUCCCCUCCCCUGCCCGCCUGUUUUUUGCCUAAUCCUGAAACUUACUUCCCGUGGAAGUCUCCAAGCGUGUACAGCAGAGAUAGUUGCUGCUACGCUGAAGAGGUGGCAAGGAAAGAGGAGAAAGAGGCUGUUAGUACAGACCAUGCAGAGCAUAUCAACUGCCGUGCGUCAGAUCAGAGACGGUGUCAUGUGAGUGAGGAACCAUAAGGACAGUACAUGCCGGACACGCGUCGCCCCGGACCCCGUUGUGGGUCACGGAGCUGUCAUGCCUCGUCAUGGAGUGCCGUGGUCCAAGACCAAGUUUGCGAUUUUUGCUGCAUUUAUUCAGACUCAGUAUUCUGUGUCACACUUUCAUUCUCAUGCUGCCUUCACUAAACAGGAACACCCCCUUUCCUGUGAUUUAGGGAUGUUUCCUUUUUUUAAACAUUACUUAAACUACCCUACAGGUACCUUUUGGUGUUUCCUGAUGCAGGCCUCAACCUCUUCAUCCCCAUCAGGUGCUACUUCAUGUUUCCUGCCAUGAUGAGCCAUGCUAUGCCUUGACACUGUGACGGAGUCCACCCGACCCAGUCUACUGUACAAGCCUACAGUGAGGUCAAAGUUCACAGCCAGCCGGUUCAGACAGCAGGCACAAAGUGGCAGCCCCAGAGACUCUCAUAUAAUAACCAACCAAACAACCAAUAACGCUUAUUAACACUACCUAGUCUUUCCGUACUUUUAUUCUGGACGACUUCACUUGAAUUCAUGUGCUGUGUUGUAUUUUAUUAGCUAACAGACGCCUAGAGAAACAUGACAAAGAUGGCCUUGAAAUCACAUGUGAUGAUUUCAAGGCCACGUGAUGGAGGGAAAGACCAGUAUUCUGUUUUGCUUUUAACAUGAACCUGUAUUUACUUUGUACUGAGCUACCGUCUCUGUUUCAUGCAGUAUUCCACAUCCUCUUUGCCUUUUUGUGGGCACAGGAAGGGAAGGGUACUGUAUUUGUUGUCAUUCAUGGUUUACUUCAACCAGUCAUGGUGUGUUUUUCUUUAAAAAAAUGUCUUUGGAUUUGACUUUGCCUCAUGCCAUUUUGUUCCUCUUGAAUCUAUCUUAGUCAUCGAACUGGUUGGAAAACAUUCUAGGUCCCUUUUUUUGUUUGUUUUUUACACAUGCCCCCAACAUGGUGUGUUUUUUUUCGUGGGGACUGAAGUGAUAUUUUAUUUAAAUAAAUAAACGAGAAGAUGAAUGAUUGCAAAGCAUGCCUUGAGAAUAUGUUUUCAGCAGAUUAUAAACCUUUCUACAUGUUACAGAAGCAUUUUUGUUUUUCACUGUGUUGUGCCUUUCGGACCUUUUGGAAGAGGUUUACGGAAUAUAUCUCUACAUGUGUUCCGUUUCAUAGUACCAAAGGUUACGAUGCAGCCUAAAAGACUCAGACGGUCCAUUGAUGCAGGGAGACUCUGGUGAUCAUGUCAUGUUUUGUGUUUCACAAUGUGUGCCUCCAUCUGCUGGUUCUGUACUGUAACAACAACCCACCCACCUUUUUGUUCAUCUUUCAUUCCCGUGAUAAUCUUUCAUCUGUUUCUACUUCUUAUAUUUUGUAAAAAAAGGACCAGUUAGCUGGCCCAACUUUAUGUUUAAGUUGAUGUCGCAUGAUUAAUUAUUGUAUUUCUUUCUUUGCUUUUGAGCACGCUGUUCCAAAAUUCUUGAAAUACAAAAGAAACUGUCACUCAA